AUGGGUGCUAUUCCGGAAGCCGAUCCCGAUGAGCCUCAAGUCACCAAGCCCUUCAAGUUCGUGACAGGUUACGACGCUCGUUUCCCUCAGCAGAACCAGACCAAGCACUGCUGGCAGAACUACGUCGACUACUACAAGUGUGUCGAGGCUAAGGGCGAGGAAUUCCGUCCCUGCACCCAGUUCUACCACGCCUACCGCGCUCUCUGCCCCAAGGCCUGGACUGACCGAUGGGACGGCCAACGCGAGGGUGGUAACUUCCCCGUUCGCUUGGACCGGUAA